AUGGCAUCAAAUCUCGAUUAUGCGGAGGAUAUUGAAGAAGCUAAAGCAUACAUGGCUAAAAAGAAUGUAUUUCAACUGUUUGAGGUCAGUAAUAGUGCCUAUUUCGAAUUGAUCUUCUUUCCUGAUGCGAAAAUGCGGUCAAUACCGUCGCAACAAGCGUGAAUCAAAGGCAAAUACUUUUUGAAAAGGAUUUGUUGCAUAGAUGUAAUCAGGGAUAGAAUUAGCAGCUUUUUCUAUAUGCGGGACACGGAUUUUGCUGUAUUAUGCAAUGAAUGCGUGGUUCGUUGUUGUUUUUAGUAUCUCAUUCAAGGAGGCAUUGUUCAACCACCGGCAUGUUGUAAGAUGUAAAUCAUUCCGUCUCGAUUGACCUUAGCAACGAGAAUGUUGCAUGCAGUAGCUGUUUUAUCAUUUUAUCGGUACCCUAUGCAGCUUUUAAGAACUAGUGUUCCUUUAGUGAAUGUAUCAUGAUAGUAGACAUAAAAAAAUGACAUAAAAUUCGUUUGUUUUGAGGAAUAAGAUAGCAAAUUACCGGGUACGUACGUAGUUACAGAUUAAUGGAUAAAAUGACAUCUCCUUAGUCCUUUCAUUACAAAAGAUCGCCACCAAAAAUCGAUUUAUUACAAUAACACGCCUCGUAAUACAGUAUUCUAUUAAGAACAUAUUUCUUCGUGGUUCUGAAAUACGGCAUUUCUUGACCAGUGGUUGUGCACGAUUGUUGAACUGCGUGUGGAAAUUUAUAGUUACCGAACGGAUUCAAUAUGCUUCAUCUUGACAUUUUGAUAAGUUAAUCGUAGCGUACAAUCCCCACACCGUCUUUGUUAUCUUAAGUUGCCCAUUGAUCCGAAUUCUUGCGUUCAUUUUGGUACGCACAAUGCAGACUGUGGAACAGAUUGCAAGUUUGUCAGAAACAAAAGCAAGACAAUGUUGUUUCUUCUACCGUAUACUUUACGCGACACUAAGUUGGCCCAGUAGUAUUUAGAUUAGGUCACGGAUUCGGCUUUUGUUGAGAUUUGUUGACUCGGGUUUUUUCUUCCCAGUCCAUGUUAGUUUUAGUACGUCUUUUAUUUCCUGAAUGUCAGAAUCCAGUUUAAAUCGUUUUAGACCGACCUUCUGAAUACGAAACCCCAUUGUAAAACCACGGAAGGAAUCUGUUUCCAUGCACCAGCGCUGGCUAAGUAACAAGCAUCUGCUAACACACCUGAGAGGUGCUAACGGUAUGGCAUUACAUUGUGUUCUUAACGAGGAUUUUGGCUCAUGAUUGUAUUUCUUUCUGUGGGAAGCACUCAUUUAGCAGCCACUCCUGAGUAUUAUCAUUUUCUAAGUUCCACCUCCGUGCACCAUAAGUGACUCUGCACUUCAUUACAUCCUCCUAGGGAGUUUUUAUACUCCAUAAGGGCAAAAGAUGGGGCUGAGAUACUAACCUGGGGAAUCUUUUGCUCCUCGCCGCUUGGAACGUCUCCUGAGGAGAAAUAGCUGUAUUACUCGGCUGCCGAGAGACCAACAUAUGUGAUUUUCUCUACCUUAUUUCAGACUUCAACCCCUUGCUUGAAGAGAAAAUUUGAUUAAAUUCCAGGCUCUGGAAGCGCCUGGUUCCACAGAGUAGACAAAACCUUACACCGUUUCAGAUCUAAUCGGCUAAAAUCUACAGUAUACCCAUUUCCCAAAAUACCUAUACACAGCUUAUAUAUUAGGGCGUAUUUACCCCCCGCCCCCCAACCAAACGGGAAAAGAGUUGCCACUCUCUUUUAUAGACUUAUAACUUGGGAAAGGCACUAUAAUUGUCCCUCUUGGAGUGCUGUCUGCUACUAUGAUGUAGAGAGUCAAAGAAGAUAACUGAAUAACGAUAGGGAGCAAAGUACUCUAGGUGUCCAUUUCACAGAGGUCUCUUAUGCAUAGAGUUGACUGUACUGCCGCCUUUUUUCCAUAAACGGUGAAGCGAGCGAAAUACGCAAGCUCCACAAAACUUGGACCCAAAGAGGAAAAGUAAAUAGACAGUUACUCUAAUAUGAGGUAGAACCAUUUCUAUUUAGGAAUAACUAUAUCAUGAUUCUUUACAGCUCCAUUAUAUUCUCCCAAAGGUCGACAUGUAAUACCCUUCCGAUGGUUUCCCAUAAGGUUUUGUUAAGUGAAGUAAAAAGCUUAUUUAGUACUUUUAUUUUCUCAGAGCCUGUUGACCGCACUCGUUCAUAAUCGCCCUGAGGACCCCGUUGUCUUUCUACAAGAAUGCCUUGAAACCGCCAAACAGAGCGAAGAUCUUCGGUGGAACUCGUUCCUGCACGUUCAAGGAAAAAGCAACAAGAGCAAAAGUUCACAGACAACUGCAGGACAGUUCGAUAAAGUGUUUGAUACAGAAUUAGACACACCGAUAAAUGGUUAA